UGAAGAGUUUUAUUUUUAUUUUAGUUUACGAUGUUGUUAUAAAAAAGUAUUGUUGUAACUCACUUUUUUUUAUUUAUUUUUUUAAUGUUGACACAGCGAGUAUUUACCUUUGGCAAGGGAAAGACUGAAGGCAACAAGGGCAUGAAGUCUUUGUUGGGAGGUAAAGGAGCGAACUUGGCAGAGAUGGCGAGCAUUGGUUUGUCAGUGCCGCCAGGGCUUACCGUAUCAACAGAAGCUUGCCAAGAGUAUCAACAGAACGGCAAACAGCUACCGGAUGGAUUGUGGGAGGAAAUAUUGGAAGGCUUAGAGAGUGUCGAGAUGGACAUGGGGGCAUUCCUUGGCGACCCUUCCAAGCCCCUCCUCCUUUCUGUUCGCUCUGGCGCCGCUGUAAGUGCCUUUUCGUUUGUGCAUUCAGCUCUGGCAUCUGUACAUUGUUGACACUUGACACUAUCU